ACAGGAUCUUUAAUCAGUUUACAUUUUACUUCCAGAAUGGAUAGAGAAAGCCUAUCAUUGAAGUAAUCAGAGGUCUUAGAUGACAUUGGUGUCAAUGAAGAAAUGGUGAAAAAAGGUAGAAGAGUAAGAAUGCUGACAGAGACUAUAGUUAGUAUCACAGCUAAAUCAACAAGUAAAAAAAUGCAACUAUUUAUCAUCUAGGGAGUCAGAGUGAAGGAACAACUACUGAAGGACUUAAAUUAGACCUUUACGUACUAUUCAGUAUCCCAAUUGUCAAUGUAUUGGAAUAUUUGUUAGAGUGGGAACAUGGCAAGACAAACUACCUCAUGAUACAAGAUGAGAACACUACAUCCGGAUAUUGUUUCUUACAACUGCUCAGAUCUGAUAAACCACUUCCUGAAUCUGUAAUUCCUAAUGAAUACCAUGUAACUGAUGGACAAGGAAGAAUAUUGUGUAAAAACACAAUGAUACAAGCAUUACUUCAGGGUAGUUCCCAGCAUGGACCAUCACUUGUAUAGGAAUCAAGACAUGGAUUACGUGAUAGAGACAUGGUUUCAGCUUUUGUCUGUAAAUCAUGGCCUCAAUCAGCAUCAGGUUGGUUAGAGAGGGAGGGUAAAGGGGGGUGGCCAAUACAAGAGAUGAGAACAUAUGCAUCCAGGACUGGGUGUUUUGUUGUUCCAACUGGGUAAGGUCAGUAAAUAUCCUGAACUGGAAUGGAGAAUAUCUACAUCCCUAGCAGAAAGGUGUCUAAUGUUUGAUUUAAAUAUAACACAAAUAAGAUGCUAUGUUUUAAUGAAAAUGAUUCUUAAAUCCUUUCUAAAUCGUCAUGGGGAAAAAAUAUAUCAAGUUUCAUGUGUAAAACAGUUCUAUUACACUGUAUUGAAAAUACAGAACCAAGUAUAUGGCAAAAGAACAGUUUAUUAACAUGUUUAACUAACUGCCUACUAAAAUUACACAGUUGUGUUCAGAACGACCAUUUGUCACAUUUCAUUAUACAGGAAAACAAUUUGAUGGCAGGACAAUUUACAGCUGGGUUAAAACAUGAACUUUCAGAAAAAAUAAUUGAUUUUGUACAGAGUUAUGGACAAAGGAUAUUUAGAAUUGAUAUUGAUGACCUUGGACAUAGAUUACAAGUUAAACUAAAUAAGGUACCACAAAGAGCAUACAAUUUUAAUUCUUGCCGACUUCUUUCAGCCUCAUACUACCUGAACCUCGCACUCCAAAGCAGUUCAAGUCACAGAUCUUUUUUAAAUGAAUUACAUAACAAAGAUAUUAGAACAUUGGAGCAAUCUGUUAAGACACUAAUGGAAUUCAGUAAAAAUGGAAAUAAACUUGAGCAAGAUUCAUUUCAGUUUUUGGCCCCUUUUAUCUUAACCACAUAUGGAACUGCCCUGGCAUCAUCAAGUAUUGGUGAAAAUAACCAAGUGUCAUCUGAAACAAUGGAUUUGCUAUCAGAUGGUUCUGACUCAGAUGUCUCAUCUAGCAGAUUGAAACUGGCUUCUGUGUUGUACUGUACAGGAGAUAUGGAGAAAGCUGAACGAAUUCUGGGACAAACUGAACAACAGUUUUACUCUCAUCCGGUUACACCUGUCUGUGGCUGCCCACCAAGGCCUCCACAAGAAUUACCUACCGAGUUUAUGAGAAUAUGCACUGAACAAAGUGAGGACUGUAUCAAACAUAUUACAGCAUUUUGUGUCAGAUUCACACAGCUGGAGAUCAACUGUGCUCCUCAUGAAAUACAAUAUGAAAUGUUCAGAUCUACACAAGAUGACAUGAUACACAGAGAUCAGCAUGACUUAUGGAUGAACUGGGCUGUAGUUGAUUCUCUACCUUUCCUGUACUUCCUACAAUAUAAGAUCUAUGGCCAUCUACAAAGACAUUUAGAUCGGCAAAAAGCACUCAAUAGACUUUUCAUUAGCAUAGAGGUAGAUAAAAAUCUAAAACAUAGAGAAACAGCUCUCAAUAUUUUAGGGCAAAUUAUGGAACAAGAAAACAGACCACAGGAUGCUUUAGAAUAUUACAUACGUUCUCUGCAACAAAGAGCAAGAAACAAUGCAGCAAAC